CCUUUCAUGUCCCCUCGGUACCCUGGAGGUCCAAGGCCACCUUUGAGAAUACCCAAUCAGGCACUUGGAGGUGUCCCAGGAAGUCAGCCAUUAUUGCCUAGCGGGAUGGACCCAACACGGCAGCAAGGGCAUCCAAACAUGGGUGGGCCAAUGCAGAGAAUGACUCCUCCAAGAGGGAUGGUUCCAUUAGGACCACAGAACUAUGGAGGUGCAAUGAGACCCCCACUGAAUGCUUUAGGUGGCCCGGGGAUGCCUGGAAUGAACAUGGGCCCUGGGGGUGGCAGACCUUGGCCAAACCCAACCAAUGCCAAUUCUAUACCUUAUUCUUCAGCAUCUCCUGGGAACUAUGUAGGUCCUCCAGGAGGUGGAGGGCCACCAGGAACACCUAUCAUGCCUAGUCCUGCAGAUUCAACCAACUCUGGAGACAACAUGUACACUUUAAUGAAUGCAGUACCACCUGGACCCAACAGACCUAAUUUUCCAAUGGGGCCAGGGUCAGAUGGACCUAUGAGUGGACUGGGUGGAAUGGACUCACAUCAUAUGAAUGGAUCAUUAGGCUCAGGAGACAUGGACAGUAUUUCCAAAAACUCUCCCAGUAAUAUGAGCAUGAGUAAUCAGCCUGGCACUCCAAGGGAUGAUGGUGAGAUGGGUGGAAACUUCCUAAACCCUUUUCAGAGUGAGAGCUACUCCCCUAGCAUGACAAUGAGUGUGUGAUCCGUUAACAAGUCUCGCCAUGAAGACCACAGUGAGUUGGCCCUCUUCAGAGAGCUACUGCAGAAGAAAAUUAUUCGUCCCAGUGUACAGUUUAACAAAAGGAUCUCAGACACAAUCAGACCCACCAUUUUUUUUUCCUGCCAUCUCCCCUGUUUUGUCAAGAAAGUGGGUCCCAAACAUGAUUGAGACAACUGUAAAGAGUGGCGUAACAGAACUGCCCAAGAUGGAACUGCAAACAAUUAUCUGUGUAUGUACAUGUGUGGGUUAAUGUAUAUGUAUGUGUGUGAUAUAGAAAUACACACAUACAUAUAUAGCCCGCAGGACAUUGUAAAAUAUUAUCCCAUGCCAUCUUAAGUAGAAUUGAGAAGUAGGGACUUUUAUUCCAUUUUUUUUUUUCCACGUUUACAUUUUAAUUAUUAAAAUUUGCUUUCCCUCUCCCCUCCUGAACUGUUUUAUGUUGCAUAUAUCACUGCUUUAUAAGUUAUUUUUUAAGGUGAACUCAAAUGAUAAAUUCUUCUGAUUUUGUAAAUGUCUGCCAUCAUGGAUAGGAAUAAAAUUGCUUAUAAGAGCUUUCAUUAACUUGUGUUUGAUACCAGUUACCCUGUGAAUCACAAACUGUACUGUCUCAAGAAAUAGAAGAAAGCUCAUCUUAAUUUUUUGGAGAAAUUUAAUAAUUUUCAAAUAGUUUGGGGAUUUUUUUUAUACUUUGCCUUUAAAAAAAGAAGCACUGAAGGUUAUUUUUCUUCUUUAAUUGAAGCCUAAUAUCUGCAAUAUCUAUUUUAAAUGGAAGCCUGAAUUUGAUAGAAGCUUCUCAGUUUAUAUAGAGUACUAUAAGGUUACUGUAAGU